UAUCUUUGCUUUUUAUUUCAUCUAAAGGCAUAUAUCGAUAGUGUUUCUCUAAACCAGUUCUAUGAUACUGGUUUCAAAAUGCUGAGACGAAAUCUUGCGCGCUGGAUGAUGCAGCUGCAUGCGCAACCGACACCCAAUCCGUUGUGUUUUUCCUACACCAUUCCAUCUACCACGUACGAGAACUUUACGCCGGAUGGGAUCACCUGUGAGGUGCCGCAUCAAGGGCUGGCGUGGGUUCACCCCCUUUCGCAGGGCCUUUUUGAGCAGUACGCGCGGGAGAUCAUUAGUGUGUUUAUCGCCCCACGCAGCGUCUCAAUCACGGUCCACGACAAGGUCGAUUGGUCCUCGAUCGAAUGGAGUGUGAGUAGCUUUUUAGGGCACUACCUGGUCUUCAAGGCCGAGUGCGUCGCGCCGGCGAAGGAGUACGCCCUCUUUGAGGAUGAUUUGGAUAUCAAAGAGACCGAUUCGGAGGUGCUUCAGUGCAUUAAGGAGCUGCUGCGAGGGCAGGUUCGGCCCAUGGUACAGCGCGACGGCGGUGAUGUGAAGCUGCUGAACUUCAAUGAGGAAACUGGGGUCGUUUCAUUGGCGAUGUUGGGCGCCUGCCGUAAUUGCCCUUCAUCGGAAAAUACACUAAAAGAUGGGAUUGAGCGUGUGAUGCGGCACUUUUUGCCAGAGGUGACGGAGGUGGUGGAGGCCAAAGAUCAUCAAUUCUACCGGGACUACGAGUUGUUGUUUAAUUCCGAAAGUGCCCUAUACCGCGAGGCCGCACGGGUAGAUCAGGAGCGCAGGAAAAACCUAAGGGUUAAACUAACACCCAGCAUCAUGUCUUUUGAUGCUCUGAAUGAGCCAGAUGGAGAUUAA